CGGCCAUUUUGUCGGAGGUGGGCGGGAAGAUGAGGAAGCAGCGGUUGCGAGGAGGAGGCGGGAGAAGGAGAAGAAGGAGGAGAGCGCCGUCGCCGAUGGAGGCGGGAAUGGCGUCCUUCAGGGAGGGAGGCCUGUCCUAAAGCCCAGGGCCGAGGCGCCAUGGAGGCCAAGGGCCUGAAGGGGCCCGGCGGCGUGGUCUCCGGCGGGACUCCCCUUCCCCCCGGGCAGCCCCGCGAGUACAAGCUGGUCAUGCUGGGGGCCGGAGGCGUCGGCAAAAGCGCUAUGACCAUGCAGUUCAUUAGUCAUCGUUUCCCAGAAGACCAUGACCCUACAAUUGAGGAUGCUUACAAAAUGCGAAUAAGGAUUGAUGAUGAGCCUGCUAAUCUGGAUAUUUUGGACACAGCAGGCCAAGCAGAAUUUACUGCCAUGAGAGACCAAUACAUGAGGGCAGGUGAAGGAUUUAUCCUGUGUUACUCCAUCACGGACUGGCGAAGCUUCCAUGAGGUGCGCGAGUUCAAGCAAUUGAUUUAUCGUGUGCGGCGCACAGAUGAAACUCCAGUGGUUCUGGUGGGGAACAAGUCUGAUCUAGGCAAACUGAGGCAGGUCUCCAAGGAAGAAGGCUCAGCUUUGGCACAAGAGUUUGGCUGCCCGUUCUUUGAAACCUCAGCUGCUUUUCGCUACUAUAUCGAUGAUGUCUUCCAUACGCUUGUCCGAGAAAUCCGAAGGAAGGAGAAGGAAGCUGUUAUAGCUCUGGGAAAGAAAGUGAAGCCCCAAACAAGUGUCUGGAAAAGGUUGAAAUCUCGGUUUUGGAAGAAGAAGAAUUCUGUCACCUGAAUAGGUGACAUCCUUCAGUUGAACUCCAUGUGCACAAGAGAGCCAAAACAGUGCAGAAGUCUUUCAGCCUUGUGUGCUUGUUUCUUCUGCUCACUGUGUUCCUUGAAAUAUUACCUUGUGUUAAAACGUUGUGAAGGCUAUUCCACUGCAGAAUAUUUUUACCCUGGUGCUGAGAGUUGUUGCAUUGCAGUGUGUGUGUUUCAAAUUUCAUCUCUCUCUCCCCCUCCCUUCCUGGAUAAGACUUAACAAAAAGUAAUUGACCCAGAUGCCUAUAAAUGAGUUUUGCAAAUCAUUACAGAAUAGCAAACCAACUUGCCUGCCCACAUUUACUUUGUGCCUCAUGUGGUGGUAUCACUAGCUGGUCUGAUAUUUGUUGCUCAUACUAGUGCUAAGGAUUCUUUUAGCAUUUGACUCUUAUUUCAAUAGAACGGUGUUUCAGAGGAUUAUAAACUGAGAUUUCAGUUGUGAAGAAGCUGCAAAAGAAGACACAGCUGACCAAAUCUAUCCUCAUGUAUUUUUCCAUAUUUUUGUGGGGGCAGGGAUGGUGGAAUUUAAGCGAAAUAAGCAGAAUUUUAACCCUCGGGUGAUGACACAGUUACGCAACUACAUGCCUAUUACAAAGGUUUCUAGCAUCUACAGUUUCUCCUAUUGGUGUAUUAAUAUGCACCAUUAUUCUGUUUGGAAACAUUCCAUAUUCUUUUGGUAUCAACAACCAAUGUUAUUUUUUUAACCUUUAAUUUCACCACUCCUAUGUAGUGUUUACAGUUUUCCCCACACAUAUUGGGCUGUGACCCAGUUUUGUAACUGAAGCCUACAUAUGGGAAUUGUCUGUUAGGAAAUUCCCUUUCUAUUGGAUGCUGUUACGUGUUCGGGGGCAGUUGGAUUGCUGUAGGAGUGGUACUGUGAAGUGUAAGAGUGAUGGAGUCAAGUGGUUAAAGCGUGGCCAGUGUGAGACAAGUUGGUGGUAAAUGAAGGAUGGAUGGAUUGUGGUUGGUGACUGAUCUCCUGACCCUCACAAGGUAAGGGGAGAUUUUGUAGUGUAGGAGCAACAUGCUUUGUGUGUGGAAUGGCCAAGUUGUAAUUUCUAGCAUUUCAUUCACAGAGUGCUCUGGAUAGGCAGGGCUUGAAAUCUUGGAAGGGCAUUGUUGCUCAAGAACAGAGUGUUGAGUUUUAAAAGGUGCAUGGUCUGAUGCAGGGCAAGGCAGCUACAGAUACUUACUUUACAAUCCUUAGUAGAGCACAUGCAUUGAUGUCCUAGUUGGCAUGCUGUAUGAGCACAACCGCAUUGGUGCCAGUGGUAAAUGAAAGAAGUUGUACUGUGACUUUUUGGGAGGAGGUUAUGAGAUCUUUGCAGGAAAACUAAGAAGUAUAUACGUUUAUUGUGGCACCACACCACUCCGACAGAGAAAGCUGGUGCCACAGCCUAACUUGGAGAAGAGAAGGUUAAGGGGUAAUAUGAUUGAAGGGAUGUCAUAUUGAGGAUAGAGCAAGCUUGUUUUCUGCUGCUCCAGAUAAUGGGACACAGAGCAAUGGAUUCAAAUUACAGGAAAAGAAAUUCUACCUAAACAUUAGGCGGAACUUCCUGACAGUAAGAGCUGUUUGACCGUGAAACACAUUCCAUCGGAGUGCACUUAAAAACCUUUGGAGGUUUUUAAACAGAGGUUGGAUGGCCAUCUGUUGGGAAUACUUUGAUGGUGAGUUCCUGCAUGGCAGAGGGUUGAACUGGAUGGCCCUUGAGGUCUCUUCCAACUCUAUGAUUCUUAC